GUAUUAUCCUCACCCAUCUCUCCAUCUCAACCUCCCCACCCUCACCCACAAAACAACUCCUGCAAUGGCCGGAAAAGCUAUUGGUAUCGAUCUCGGCACCACCUACUCUUGCGUGGGUGUGUGGCAGAACGACCGUGUCGAGAUCAUCGCGAACGAUCAGGGUAACCGCACGACUCCCUCAUAUGUCUCCUUCUCCGACAACGAGCGUCUUAUCGGUGAUGCCGCAAAGAACCAGGUGGCGAUGAACCCCAUCAACACUGUCUUCGACGCCAAGCGUCUCAUCGGACGCAAGUUCGAGGAUGCUGAGGUCCAAGCCGAUAUCAAGCACUUCCCUUUCAAGGUUAUCAGCAAGGGUGGCAAGCCCUACGUCGAGGUCCAGUACCGUGGCGAGAGCAAGGACUUCUCCCCCGAAGAGAUCUCCUCGAUGGUUCUCUUGAAGAUGAAGGAGACCGCUGAGUCCUACCUCGGCACGACCGUCACGAACGCCGUCGUGACGGUCCCCGCGUACUUUAACGACUCGCAGCGCCAGGCUACCAAGGACGCCGGAACCAUCUCCGGAAUGAACAUCCUUCGUAUCAUCAACGAGCCCACCGCUGCCGCCAUUGCGUACGGUCUCGACAAGAAGGUGACCGGCGAGCGCAACGUCCUCAUCUUCGAUCUCGGAGGAGGAACUUUCGAUGUGUCACUUCUUACCAUCGAGGAGGGUAUCUUCGAGGUCAAGGCCACUGCUGGUGACACCCACUUGGGUGGUGAGGACUUCGACAACCGCCUCGUGAACCACUUUGUCCAGGAGUUCAAGCGCAAGUUCAAGAAGGAUUUGUCCUCGAACCCCCGUGCCCUCCGUCGCCUGCGGACCGCUUGCGAGCGUGCCAAGCGCACCCUCUCGUCCGCCGCUCAGACCUCCAUCGAGAUCGACUCCCUGUUCGAGGGCAUCGACUUCUACACCUCCCUCACCCGUGCCCGUUUCGAGGAGCUCUGCCAGGAUCUCUUCCGCUCCACCCUCGAGCCCGUCGAAAAGGUCCUCCGCGACUCCAAGAUCGACAAGGCCAACGUCCACGAGAUUGUCCUCGUCGGUGGCUCGACUCGUAUCCCCCGUAUCGUGAAGCUCGUCUCGGACUUCUUCAACGGCAAGGAGCCCAACAAGAGCAUCAACCCCGACGAGGCUGUCGCCUACGGUGCCGCCGUCCAGGCUGCCAUCCUUUCCGGUGAUACCUCGGAAAAGACCCAGGACUUGCUCCUCCUCGAUGUUUCUCCCCUGUCGCUCGGUAUUGAGACGGCUGGUGGUGUCAUGACCGCCCUCAUCAAGCGUAACACUACCGUCCCGACCAAGAAGUCUGAGAUCUUCUCGACCUACUCCGACAACCAGCCCGGUGUCCUCAUCCAGGUCUACGAGGGUGAGCGUGCGCGUACCAAGGACAACAACCUCCUCGGCAAGUUCGAGCUUUCCGGCAUUCCCCCCGCACCCCGUGGCGUCCCUCAAGUCGAGGUCACCUUCGAUAUCGAUGCCAACGGUAUCCUCAACGUUUCGGCGUCCGACAAGACCACCGGAAAGUCAAAUCGCAUCACGAUCACGAACGAUAAGGGUCGUCUCUCGAAAGAGGAGAUCGAGCGGAUGGUCAACGAUGCCGAGAAGUACAAGGCCGAGGAUGAGGAGGCCGCUGCUCGCAUCCAGUCGAAGAACAGCCUCGAAUCGUACUCGUACAACCUCCGCAACUCUCUUAAUGAUGAGAAGCUCGCCGACAAGUUCGAGGCCGCUGACAAGGCCAAGCUCGAGACUGCCGUCAACGAGACCAUCUCAUGGCUUGACGCUUCGCAGGAGGCUUCGAAGGACGAGUACGAGAGCAAGCAGAAGGAGCUCGAGGCUGUCGCUAACCCUAUCAUGCAGAAGCUCUACGGCGCUGGAGGUGCUGCUCCUGGUGGCUUCCCAGGCGGUGCUCCUGGCGGCUUCCCAGGUGGUGCACCAGGCGGUUUCCCCGGCGCCGGCGGUGCUGGCGGUGAGGAAGGCCCCAGUGUCGAGGAGGUCGACUAGGGGCUUUUCUGAUUUUCGUCGGUUGCUAUCAUCGUGUUCUCGCAUCUUUUUGUGCUAGCUAUUCGUGGACUCACUGUAACGAUCAAAAGUAAUGACUCAUAUGUGUACGUUACGAUUCGCAUUGCAUAGAACAAGAAUCUCUUCCCUUCACCGUCGUUUGUCUGUUUGAGCUGGAGUGUGCAAAUGGAAAACGUUGGUGGCUGCUGCACGUGGUAUGUGUUUGCGCCCGCGGCCUUUACUGUCUU